GACUUCCCAAAAUUUAUUUUUGGGGACGCACCGAUCGUGAGUUUCAUAUCUCAUAGCCUCAUGGACAAGACAUGAGAGAGAGUAAGGUACAGUAGAGAGCUAGAGUUAGAGAGAGAGAGAGAGAGAGAGGGAGAGAGAGAGAGAAAGAGAAAAAGAAAAGAGGUGCCUUUCCCGCUCUAAGACUCAUUAUCGAGAUGUCUUCAAUGGUGCGGUUCCCGUUACUGGUGCCUCUGUUGCUGCUGCUGCUCACACAGGAGAGCAACGGCGCACAGCGUGUGAGAGGCCAGAGGAAGGCGGAUGCAUGCGCGUGUGAGGUGAACGCCACGCAGUGGGACUUUCCGGCACAGACGUAUGAGGGAGUGUCCCAGCAGGUGCAGUCCUGCGGAGACUUCCUUGGGAAGAUCCAGGCUCAGGUGCUGUUGACCGAGGAGAAGCUGCCUCUCAUCAAUGCCACAGUGGGGAACAUUACGGCCCGCCUGAAUGCAUUCGAGUACCUGAAAACCAGGGGCUUGUAUCAGACCCUGCACCUGCGGAAGCUGAGUCAGCAGCUGGAGGGGCUCCAGAAGGACAUUAUCUCCACUCACCAGACCAACCCCAGUGCCAAAACACGGAGUCUGACCCAGGAGGCAACUAAGGUGCGUGAGGACGUUACAAAGAUGCAGAAGAGCAACGUGUUCAACCUGGAGGCCGUUCGAGAGAACCUGCGGGCCCUGAGGAACGGCCUGGAGACCUGCAAGACCAUCGAACCCGGCUUCAUGAGUAGCUGCUCUCAGCGGCUCAUGAAAAACAUCAGCUCCCCAUUGGUGACCAAGCUCAGCCCCUACGGAAAGUCCUACCCCGCGGGCUCCUGGGGCCGCGAGACCAGUCCGACCAGCCCAGAGGCCUACUGGGUCCAGCCCCUGGUCAACGCCCACAAGCACGGCAACAUCGUGCGUCACUACCCGUCCUACGAGGACUUCAUGGGCUCCAGGAACCACAAGGACUUUCCCGUGGCACCCUCCCACUCCGCAGCCAACGCCAUCCAGGGCCCGGGCAGCCUUCUGUACGGCGGGGCCUUCUUCUACCAGUGCCUCAACACUGGGGAGCUGUGCCGCUUCGACCUGCAGACGCUCGCCACCACGCGCCACGCGCUGCCCGGGGCCGGCUUCAACAACCAGUUCCCCUACUGCUACUACAGCUGCCGCGACUGGACCGACAUGGACCUCUCCGCCGACGAGAGGGGCCUGUGGGUGAUCUACGCCACGCAGGAGAGCCACGGCAACGUGGUGGUGAGCCUCCUGGAGGCCCAGUCGCUGAACGUCACGCACACCUGGAGCACGCGCCUCUUCAAGAAGUCCAUCACCAACGCCUUCAUGGUGUGCGGCGUGCUCUACGCCACCCGCUACAUCGACCGCUACCGCGAGGAGGUGUUCUACGCCUUCGACACGGCCACCGGGCGGGAGGACAACACCCUCGCCUUGCCCCUGGAGAAGAUGGCGGACGGCGUGGCCAACCUGCACUAUAACCCGGCCGACCACCGCCUGUACAUGUACAAUGAUAAUUACCUGCUGGCUUAUGAGGCCCAUUUCUAGAGCGAAGCUCCUUUUUUAAAUUUUUAUUAAAAAUAUAUUUUAUUGUGUGUGUUGUUGUGACUGUAAUGUAAAUGCGUGGGUCUUAGGUGUUACUAACACAGUUGCUGAGUGGAAUCUCUUUGAUGUGGGGUGGUAGUGACCAAAACAACUAUUUUGGCAGUAGAAAUAUUUGCUUUUAUUGUUGGUAGAGUAAGAUAUAUACAGGAGGUCAGAAAACAGGAAAUGUGCAAAUGUGCACGUGCGAGUGUGUGGGUGAGAGUGUGUGUGUCUGUGUGUGUGUGUGAGUGUGUGUGUCUGUGUGUGUGUGUGUGUGUGUCUCUCUGUGUGUGUGUGAGUGUGUGUGUCUCUGUGUGCACGUGCGUUUGUGUGUGUGAGAGUGUGCGUGUCUCUGUGUGUGUGUGCGAGUGUGUGUGUCUCUGUGUGCACGUGUGAGUGCUCUGUGUGUUUCUCUCCGUCUCUCUCUUCGUGGCACACUUUACUGGAGGGGUGGUUGCCUAAAGAAGAAACAGAAUUUCCGAUUAGAAAGCUUUGAGUGGCAUACAUCAACCACUCCAUUUCAGUGCUUUUUCUCCAGGACUUAUUUUGACAGCUGUACCUGCCUGAUCUCUGGCCCCUCCUCUGUCCUGCAUGACCCCUCCUCUGUAGUGUCCACCGACUCCGCCCCCGAAUCAUCAGCCACUCUGUAGUCCUGUUCGUCUAAAGAUGACAGAAUAUAUAUGCAGUCAGGUCCAGAAUUAUUGGCACCCUUGAUAAAUAUGUGUGAAAAUACUGUAAACUAAAACAUAAUACAGCUAUUGACAUAAGCUUUAUUUUCCAAGCUGCCAAGUAGUGCGCUUUAUGAAUGAUUCAAUGGAAUCAACAAAAGUUACAUUUUAAAUAAAAUCAGCAAUUGGUUUCGCAAU